GCCUCCUGAUUCAUUUGCCGUCUGUGGAGACCUGCACACCGUUAUCUUCGCUUGAAAGUAGACCACAGCUAAUAAAGACCAAACAACGUGUAACAUAUUUUGUUAAACGUAAAUAAGAGACUUGCUGCGUAUCACUGAAGAUUAAACAAGGCCGAUUCGCAAACAGGCGCUUAGCUUUGUCCAAUUUCUGUGUUUUUAUUUAAAUAAAAGAAACCAUGAAAACCAAAUUUAUCAACGGCGUUUCUUCAUCCCCCUCCAUGUCGCUGGGACUGCUGGUGACGGAAAAUGCCCUGCACGUCCAGCCCGAUGUCCAGGAGGACUGUAAGGAGCUGAUCCGCCCCGAGGAGCUCGACCCAGACACCAGGCACAAGGCUUACUACUGGUGCCGCGAGUUCCUGCACGGAGCCUGGAAACGGCUGACGGAGGAUAACUUCCAAAUCACCAUCAUAAGGGGUGGUCUGAGCAACAAGCUCUUCCUGUGCAGUCUCCCUGACUGUAUGGACUCUGUUGGGGAUGAGCCAAGGAGCAUCUUGCUGCGCCUUUAUGGGGCGAUUCUGCAGAUGUCCUGUAAUAAGGGGGAAUCCAGACUGUCAAACAAAGAGAAUAACUUCCAAGGGGCUGAGGCCAUGGUGCUGGAAAGUGUGAUGUUCGCUAUUUUAGCCGAGAGAGAACUAGGACCCAAACUGUAUGGGAUCUUUCCACAGGGACGACUGGAGCAGUAUGUCCCGAGUCGUAAGCUGGAAACCUGUGAACUCAGCGCUCCCAGUAUCUCAGCAGAGGUGGCUGAAAAGCUGGCCAAGUUUCACAGGAUGAGGAUGCCAUUCAACAAAGAACCAAAAUGGCUGUUCGGCACCAUGGAAAAAUACCUGAGCCAAGUGAUGAAGCUCAACUUCACCAGAGAGUCCCAGCUGCGUAUCUACAACCGCCUGCUGAGCUACGACCUGCCUCAUGAAAUGGACUCUCUCAUGGCGCUACUGAGCUCCACACUGUCUCCUGUUGUGUUCUGUCAUAACGACUGCCAGGAAGGUAACAUCCUGCUGCUGAACGGUGGUCAGAGCUCUCAACAGAAGCUGAUGCUCAUCGAUUUUGAGUAUAGCAGCUACAAUUACAGAGGCUUUGACAUUGGCAAUCAUUUCUGUGAAUGGAUGUAUGACUACAACUGUGAUGAGUUUCCUUUCUUCAAACUGAACACUCAGGCUUACCCCACCAAAACCCAGCAAAUGUUUUUCAUUGAAAGCUAUCUGCGUGAGUACGAGCAUGAGUUUGAGAACAUGGAUGAACAGGACCAAAUGAGGCUGAAAGAGGAGAUGUUUGUGGAGGUGAACAGGUUUUCUCUGGCGUCACACUUCUUUUGGGGGUUAUGGUCCAUAAUUCAGGCCCGGAUAUCCACCAUCAAAUUUGGAUAUUUAGAAUAUGCCCAGGCGAGAUUUGAAAUGUACUUCCAUCAGAAGAGGUUGCUGGGCCUGUAAACUGCAUGUGUGUUGGUGAAUCACGGCGAAAGGCAAUGGAGCUUCAAGAGGAGGUCACUCGCUUUACUGACACUCCUGCAGCGGAGGUUUCAGGCUGUGUUUGGUUUUGACCAAAGCCUUAUCUUCUUGUAGCCACAUGCUUAAAGUAUGUUAACUAUCCAUUAUAGCUCAAAGUUUACAUUAUGUAACUCCUUGAAUAGUGAUACCAUCUUUGUACUAACCUGUAUGGUCAGCUUCUGCCUUUUGAGACCACACUAACACAAGGAUUACAUUUGAGCUGGACAGAUGCUGCAGUUAAAUUGGAAAUGUUAAACAUUGGAUCAAUGUAUGUUAUGAAUCAUUCCCUUAUACUUUGUGGGGGUGAACCAAAAUGUGAACUACUCUUGGUAGGUUGCUGCUAACUGACACAGACAGUUGCUAGCUAGUAUGUAUAUUAUAUAUAAAUAUUAUUGUGCCAGUAUCCUGGCCCUUACUGUUACUUGGGGCUGGCCAAACUGUGACUUGAUUGUGACAGGCCACACUGGUUCAUACUUGGUGUUAAGUUUGUCUUAAAUCUUGUAUAUUAUUUCAUGAGAAUUAAUACUUUGUCACAUUUCCAUAUGCCUCACCAAACAACAUGCACCAAAUUUUGUUGAAUGGGUGGUUCUUAUUACUCCCUACACAAAUGUUUACAGACAGUUUUCUUACCUUAUUAAUGUGAAUCACUGAGAAGUGUACACAUGAACUUGACACUGCAUUUUGAGUCUGAGCCAAAACAUUCCGCUUUUAUUCUGUUUAUUCUGACAUAGCAGUCUCAAGUGACAUAAUAGUCACUUGAUUUUUAAGCAGCUGCAGUGGGAACACACACAUACACUGUUUUUGUGGAGACUAGAUGACAGUCUGAGGGGUGGUCGAGCCCUGAUACACUAUAGAUUACAAAUGGAUAAUAUAAGCAAAUGUAUUGGCAGUUUUUUUCAUAAGAUACUCAAAAUCUGGGCAUUACUUAAAACCAACAUUAUUACAAACAAACUUUAAUAAUGCACAUUUUGUAGGCUACUGUCACUUAUAACACUACGACUACUAUCAUGCUAUAUGUUUAACUAUUGCCAGUGGCUCUGAAUGGUAGUAGGCUCUGGUUUCCUCCAACCUGUGGGCCUCUCAGGUUAAGUGUGUGAGGCAAAGGUGGAGUAGGGCCAAAGUGUUAGUAACUGGACCAUGACAAUAAACACAAUGACACUUAUCUGUUGCUGGGAUGACCCACAACUGUUUGAAUGUCUGUCAAGGCACUUUAAAGAUAUUGACCCACUGUUUGCAUGUGGGGCUGUUGGAAAUGUUUCUUUUUUAUAGAGUAUUAUGUGCUAUGAAAAUCAUAUAUGGGGGAAGUGGUUUUGAGGAGGAGACUUGUGAUUGUUUUUAUGAAUGAGUGGCAAGGGAACAGUCUCUGGUACAUUUCAGUAUUUUCUCUAUUGAGGCAACAUUACAGUGUUACAAAAUAUUAUGUAUGUUAGAGUCAUGCAAGUCUGUAAAUGUUAUCAUAUUGUUUUUCAUAUUUCAAAGUGUUUAUUAAUUUGCUGAUUUUGUACAUUCCAUACAUGUUCAUUCCUGUUAUAAAUAACACUUGUCUUAUGAUACGUAACAGGUUCAUCCCGUGAUUUCACACAGUUUAGAACAAACUUCACUUUCAAAUCUUGAUAAUCAACAAAUCACACAAAAUUGUUUUAUGUAAAGAAUAAUAAAUUGCCUUAGUCUUAUAGCAUACACUUUGUUUUGUGCCACAACUAUACAACACCUAUAGGAGUAAUGUUUGGGUGCCAUUGUAUUCAUCUGAAGUAUUUGGUAUAGAAUUACUGAGCUGUACAUAUUGCAUAUGCUUUGCAACAAUAAAAUAUCAACAAUAA